AUGACUGAGGAGAAUAUCAAGAAAUUCUCUUGGGAAGAAAUUGAGAAACACAACCAUGAGGAAAGUGCUUGGUUGGUUAUUGAUGGAAAGGUUUAUGAUGUAACCAAGUUUAUUCCUCAUCAUCCUGGUGGUGAUUACUUGUUAUUGGGAGCUGGCAGACAUUCGACUGAAUUGUUUCUCAGUAAUCAUCCAGCCAAAAUCCUAAACAAUUCGAAAGCUCUAUUAGAAAAGUAUUACAUUGGAGAGGUUGAACAAGAAACAAUCUAUUCUUACAAUCCACCAGAUCAAACCAAUUUCUAUCUUGAAUGUAGAGCUCAAGUUGACCAAUAUUUGAAAGACAACAAUCUCACUGCUAGAGAUGUUCCUCAAAUGUAUCUCAAGAUGAUUCUUUCCCUGUGUAUUUGGUUUAUUCUAUACUUGGGAACUUUCUAUUAUUUCGAAUCAAAAUUGCUCAGUUUCGUCGUUGCCAUUGUUUGGGGUUGGUCCAAUGCAAAUAUUGGUGUUAACAUGAUGCAUGAUGCUAAUCAUAGCUCCUUUUCCAAUCAUCCAACUAUCAACAGAGUUGUGGCAGUUGUUUGUUUUGACAUUUUAGGUGGUUCUUCCUAUGUUUGGAAAAUGAUUCACUCAGUUGGCCAUCACGUAAACACAAAUAUUGAAGAACGUGAUCCUGACAUUCACACAGGAGAACCUCACUUUAGAAAAAUCAAAUCAGCUCAGAAACAUCAUUGGUGGUAUGCCUAUCAACAUUAUUACUUGCCAGUUCUAUAUUGUUCCUUAUUAUUUGAGUUGGCAUUUCGUGAUUUCUUUGCCAUGAUGAUUGGAUCAUGGGGAGGUGUCAAAUUUCAACCACCUCCAAAAGGAGAAUAUUUGCUCUUCUUUUCUACAAAGAUUUGGUGGUUGACCUAUUCAUUGGCUUUCCCAAUUUGGUUUUCUAAUCAUUCAGUUGGAACUAUUUUCAUGUUGUGGUGUACUGCUUAUAUGGUUGCUUCAUUCUUGUUGGUUUUAAUUUUCCAAGUCAACCAUGUCACAAAUAUUGCUGAUUCUUUCCAUGUCAAUCAACAAGAUGGAAUGGUUCAUGCUGAUUGGGCAGCAACUCAAGUAAGUGGAUCGAGUAACUUUGCCUGUGGAUCAUGGUUAUGGAAUCACUUGUCAGGUGGCUUGUGUCAUCAAGUAGAACAUCAUCUUUUCCCAUCCAUUAGUCAUAUCCAUUAUCCAAAGAUUCAACCCAUUGUUGAGAAGUGUGCUAAAAAGUAUGGAAUCAAGUAUAAUAGUUAUGGAACUUUUUGGGAGGCCAUUAUUGGUCAUUUCACAUUAUUAAGGGAUAUGGGUCAGAAGGGAAUUCAAUCAAAUUGGAAAUCCAUGUAA